AUGGCCCGAAGAUAUGAUGCGAGAACCAUUAUCUUUUCGCCGGAAGGCCGGCUUUAUCAAGUUGAAUAUGCCAUGGAGGCUAUAUCUCAUGCAGGUACCGCCCUGGGUAUUCUCGCGACUGAUGGAAUUGUGUUAGCUGCGGAAAAGAAAGUAACGUCCAAGUUACUCGAGCAAUCUGCUACCAGCGAAAAGAUAUAUCUUUUGAACGA